UUUUGUUUGCGAGAGUGAAUUUUGCCCUAGAGACUGUGCUGCGUUUUCAUGACAAGUUGCUGAAAAACAAGCAGAUCCUUCAAAAAAAUCACUUCAUCUGACAAACACAGUCCCCGAGAAGCAUCCUGCUGUGGAGGAAGCAAGGAGAGGACGAGGCAGACACUUGUAAAGAGCAGUAAGCACAGAUUGGUGAAAAAAUAUGGCGAAGCGGCAACUGUGGCUCCUCGUCCUCGCUGGCCUCUCAGGAGCCAUCGCCCAGACAGAUCUCGAAGGACAGGUCUUUGUUUUUCCCAAGGAAUCUGCUGAUGCUCAAGUGAUCCUGAACAUGAAUCACAAUGGUCCCCUUCAGAACUUUACCGUGUGUCUCAGAUACUUCACGGACCUGACCCGGGCCUACAGCCUCUUCUCCUAUGCGACCAGGACCAAGGACAACGAGAUCCUCCUCUUCAAAGACAGACCUGGGGUGCUCUCACUGGUUGUUGGGGGGGAAUGGGUGGUCUUUAAAUUCCCAGAAAACACAGGCUCAAGCAGAGGCUGGGAGCACGUUUGUGCCAGCUGGGAAUCUGCCACUGGCAUAGCCGAGCUCUGGGUGAACUGGAAUCCCUUACCUAGAAAGGGGGUGCAGAAAGGCUACUCCAUCAGCAACCAGGGUGUGAUUGUCCUGGGGCAGGAGCAGGACUCCUUUGGGGGUGGGUUUGAUGCCUCACAGUCAUUUGUAGGGGAACUUAGUGACGUGUGUAUGUGGGACCUGGUCACUGCGAUGUCUGAUGUGCGCGCUGCCAGCGCUGAUUUGCAGUUGUCCCCAUCUGUCCUGAACUGGGGUGCUUUGCAGUAUCAGAUUAAGGGCUAUGUGGUAUUGAAACCCAUGCUGAGAUAAGGGCCCUAUUGAAAUGGAGCCUGGCCUUGGGAACCGGGGCCUCACCAUCCGGCUGCAAACCCCAAAACUUCAGGUGCACGGCAGAGAAUAGCGAUGCACAUAGGCCUGGGGCUUCUGAGCAAAACUAACAUUAACUUCUCCUCUUGUGACUCCUCCCCCAGGUGCUUGUGUCAUUUGGGUAUUUUCCUGUGUCCAAAGCCUGGUCUGACUUUGUAUCCCAAUAAAUGGUCUG